ACUCUUUCCGUCCUCCACGUUCCCACCUUCUGGAUCUGCUCCGGUUCCUCAAACUCAGCCUCCAACUCGAGUACCUCAGUCUUCUGGCGGUGAAGGUACUUCAUAUCCUCAUCCUGGGCGGAGACAAUCUCAAUCUUCUCCACUUCAUGGAGCUCCAUCGCCUCACAGUUCUCAAGCACAAAACUCUCAUGGAGACCCAGAAGAUUUUGCUGAGUUCGAAGCUCCAGUUGAACCUGAUCUCUCGGAGGACGUGAUGGAUGUAUUAAACCGUAUGCUAGCCCAGCCAGGCCGAGAGGAGUUCACAACGGUUUGGUUAUGACAAGUCCAGCUUGACCCGUAGGAUAACAAAGAUUAUGAAAAAGAAGUUUAAUAAGCCUUUAUAUGAAAAAGAAGUUUAAUAAGCCUUUCUAUAGCUGGACCUGUGUGCCUAGAGACAGACAAGAAGGAUACUUCGUUGAAUUUGCGAAAAAACACACAUGGAAUCCCAUGUUAACCGGUCUUGUUCAAGAACACUUUGAAUUCAUUUGUCAGCUUCGAAUAAAAGAUAUGGUCAGUGAUGUAAGGACCUCUCGCAACCAACCGAAUUGGAUAGGAGAUACACUCUGGAAACAAAUGACUGCUUAUUGGGACACUGAGGCAGCAGUGGCAAAGAGCCGCAAGGCAUCAGCAGCUCGUUUAUCUGAACGUAAUGGUCUUGGUAUUCACAAGCAUAACUCAGGACAGAAGUCCUAUAUGCAACUCGAACAGGAGCUGAUAGAGGAGUUGGGAAGACCUGUGAGUUUUGGUGAAGUAUUCAUCAAGGCUCAUACAAGAAAAGAUGGAACCUAUGUUGAUUUCAAAGCAGAAAAAGUUGCUGAGGCUUACAAAAAGAAAAAGGAAGAGAAGUUGGCUGACCUUAGGAAGGAUAACACUGAAAUCUCAGAGGGGCUUUUGCUAGCAAUAGAAGAGGACAACGAGCUGUUUAUUCAGUCAACUUUCUGCAAUGACAGAGGAGACCUUUUUGGUAUUGGAAGCCUGAAGAAGAAGCUUAAGAGAAAACGAAAUGACCCGAUCAGCUCCUAUUCUUUCAUGCACAUGCAACAAAUGCUUGAAGAAGCUGAACUCAAGAUAAAAGAACAAGAAGCCCGUAUUGCCAAGGCUGAGGCAGACCGUGCUCUGGAACAAGCUAUUAACCAGGCUAAGAUGGCUGAGUUCUCCCUUUUGCACAAGUACAUGCGUUUAACUGACCAAAAAUACCUUGAUUUCAUUGCCUCUGAAGCAUCAUCUCCAGCUCCUCCUGAUCAGUGAAAGCUCUGUGUUCUUAGGUUAUCAUAUUUAACUAUCUUUUGGUGUUUGGUAUUUUGAACAUAUAACAACUCCGAUAACUUUUUGGUAUUUUGGUGUUUGAUUUGGGAUGUAUCUUUUUGGUAUUUAGGAUUCUAAAAACUUUAAUCUACUUUCAGUUUCUUCA